AUGCGAUACGCACAAAUAGUUGUGGGACCAGCCGGUAGCGGCAAGACCACAUAUUGCAAGGCUCUUCAAGAUUACCUGACAGCGUGCAGACGACGCUGUCACAUCAUUAACCUUGACCCUGCCACUGAGGAGGACGUACAUUUCGAAGGUGACAAGGGUAAGCAGAAGUCAAGCCACAAAGAAGAAUACAGCGCAUUCGACACCGACAUUCGUGACUUCGUCGAUAUAGGCACAGUAAUAGAAGAAGAUGAGCUCGGACCGAACGCUGCACUUGUGAGAAGUGCGGAGAUACUCACAGACAAUAUAGAAUGGCUCGCUGAUCAAAUCGAGGAGACGUAUAGUGACGAGUCUUAUUUGCUUUUUGAUACGCCUGGUCAGGUCGAGCUGUUUGUUCACCUUUCCUAUGUCAAAAGCAUAUCGCAACUCUUGAACAGGCUCAACAUUAACGCGGUGGCGGUAUUUUUGUUAGAUGUCAGCUUCAUGACGGAUCCCACCAAACUUAUAGCAGGCUCCAUGGCUGGCCUCGCGGCAAUGGCAAACCUCCAAAUGCCGCACAUAAAUGUGCUAACGAAAUGUGACCUGCUUUACGAAACAAGUGCCGAUGGUAACUUCAGGUUGAGACCCUUUGUCGACAUCACAAGCAGCACGUUUGGAUUGUCUGCGGAGGACCUAGCAUUCCAGAAAAAAAUUUUUGCCAAAAAUGUCCAUCACAACGUGUUAGAUGAAGGCAAUGAUGAAUCUCAAUACGAAUACUUGGGUGAAGAAUGCGACGGAGGAACCACGGUGGACUACGAUACCCUUUGCGGAAUGAUAAACCGCGGUCCUGAUGAACUCCUUGGCUCUCUGGACUCUCACCUGCCACCCAAAUACAAGGGUUUGAAUUCGGCAUUUGUUUCUCUGCUCGAGGACUUCAAUUUGGUCACAUUCAUCCCGCUCAAUAUCAAUGACGAGGCUUCUCUUGAGCAGAUAGUCGUGGCAACGGACAUGUCGCUGCAAUACGGAGAGGACGCCGAGCCGAGGACAAACUUUGACAUGUUUGCCGACUAA